AUUUACAACUGAUAACUUCUAUGUAGGUGCUAGAGUAAAGUGAUAAAUAAUGAUAAGAGAAGAUUUACCUAAAAUGACCAUAGACUUCUGAAAAACACGGCUAAUAUAUUUGAAUACUAUAUAAUGCAAAUACGCGGAUUCAACCAUAUAAUGUCAACCUCUAUAUGCACAACUGUCUAUCUCCACCUUAUUAUAAAAUAAAAAUAAAAUUUUAUAACUCUGUUUUCCUCCAAACAUUUUCUUGUAUAUAUACUCUCAUCUCUUCUUGGAUCCUCUCCUAAAAACAAACAAAACUUCUUCAUAGCUUUUACUCCAACAAUCUCUCCUCGAAUUCGAUCUUUCUUCACUUAAUGGGAAACUACGUUUCUUCCGCACUAAGCAAAACGUCGUCGUCCUCUUCUUCUUCAUCGGCGGCGAAAGUGAUUCUCCCGGACGGUGGAGUGCGUCACAUUCACGCGCCGAUGAAAGCCGCCGAGCUUAUGAUGGAGAUUCCAAGCUUCUUCCUCGUCGACGCUAAGUCGUUAAAGAUCGGCCGGAAGUUUUGUCCGUUAGCAGCCGAUGACGACCUUCAAAUCAAAGGCUGCCACGUGUACGUAGCUUUUCCUAUGACGCGUGCCACGUCAGCUGCUAAUGCUUCGGAUUUGGCUCGGUUAUUCGUAGCUGCUAAGAAACAGCGCCGCCGCCUGGGAAGUGAUCAUUCUUCCGGCGCUGUGAAACACUGUCAUAAUAACGGAAGGGUUUCGCCGGACGGGGAAGAAGAUGACGUCAGAGUGAUAUCGGCGGGAUCAAAGCUGAAUUUAGAAGAUAUUGAAGAGUUCUCGGCGGCGGAGUUUAUGCAUAGGAUCUCAGUUUCAAAAUCUAAGAAACCAAAGUUAGAAACUAUAGCUGAAGAAUCUUUGUCUUAAACAAAAAAUGAAAUUUCAUUUUUCAGAACUUUUUUUCAUUUUUAUUUUUGGUUGUUGGUUUGUUAAUCCACUCCACGCAAGUGGUUUCUCUUUUGUGGUUUUAAUGAACAGAAAGAGACAUUAGUCGAGAAUGAACAUGUGAUUUUUUUUUUUUUCAUAUU